CCCAAAUUAACGGAAGGAAAAGUGGAAAACCCUUCAUCCUUUGUGACUGGUGUCUUUGUGACUGGUGUGGAAUGUGACAAAAGAGGAUCAUUGUGGAAUGUGACAAAAGAGGUGAUCCUUAGUAGAACUGGGGAAAGUCUAUUAAUUGUUCCUUAUAGAACUAACAUGAGAGGAUCAUUGUGGAAUGUGACAAAAGAGGUGAUCCUUAGUAGAUAAACUAAUCAUAACCAUCAUCCUUUGUGACUGGUGUCUUCUCACUGUGCCGGCCUCUUCCCGUCUAUUGUGGAUUCUGGUGACCUUCGAGUGCAUGCGAACUAAAGAACUUCCUACGGCGCGAUCUGCAGUCUCCCAUAGAGUAAAGUAGCUCCAUCCCUGUUCCUCUGCCGAAAACAAAAAGGACCAGAAAUCAGCAGCAAAAUUAAACCCCCAAUAAUAGGGAUCUUGGUGUUGGGGGAAUGAACGGCGACUCGUAAAAAUUCAAUCAUCCAUCAUAAUUGUUUUAUUUUCUAAGCCAGGUAUUUAUAAGAACUACAAACUAAUCCGAAAGUUCGAAGGAAAACGGAGCACCAAAAGAUUGAGUGAGCUACCUUUUCGGGCUCAUGUUGAAACCUUGUGAUUUUCGAUGGAGAGAGAGGCACACGAACACAAUUGAUUCCUUCGCCUCUGUUCUACCGAAAAUGUAGGACAAUAAGAGGAAACAGUAACAGAUUUGAUCGAGGUUGACCUUGGAGAUGGGGUUGACGACGGACAAGUCGCCGAAGUUAUUUUGGAAAGACCGUCGGAGGAGAUCGAGAGAGAGGGUGCUUUGGUUCGAUAGGUCAUCAACCCCCUGUUACUCUGCUUCUGAUUAUUUUUUUAGAAAGUUUCUGAACGUUGAUUUAAUUUGAUUUCAUUAAUAAAAGGACAAACUGGGAAAAAAAAUGAUACAGCUGAACGUUGGACGAAGGAGAAGGAUUUUCCUUCCGUUAAUUUGGGUUAGUACUCAUGGGCCAUUGGUUUUGGAUUGGAUUUAAUUAAUCCAGUAAGCGCCACGUCAUACACACAUGGACCAAUCAGAAAGCGCGUUACUAAUGCCGCACUUUUUAUAGCGGCACCGUAGUAUUGGCCCUCUCUAUAGUAUUGUUUGUUCAAUUCAUUUCGUUCUGAAGCUUUCGUUUUCAAUCUCACAAACAGAUUAGGGUUCUUCGUCUAUCGCACAAAAAUAAGGAGAAGUCUCGCGCUCGACUACGCCAACACGUUGCUCUCGCCAAGAUCAACUCCUCCUCCAUGUGAUCCUUGCCUCUAUAUCUCCUUUUGUCUCUCCUAUGUUUCUGAUGUUGAGACUUCUCGCAAGCGUGGACUAUUAUUGAACGGAUGUUUGCAAGUCGAUCCUGAUCCCGUGUUAUCCACAUGAAGGAAAAGGUUAACCGUGAGAAUCAAGGCACUCGGUCAGUUUUUGUGUACCUUCAGGCUAUGCGCACAAUGGCUACUGAGUUGGCUGUUGUUCAAUCUCCCGUCAAAUAUACAGAUCUGAUUCUUCAUAUGCUUUGUGGUUUGCGCGAUGAAUAUGGACAAAUCUCCUCUGCUAUCCGUGCUCGUGACACCACCAUUUUCCUAGAAGACCUCCAUGAUUGGCUAGUUGAUUUUGGGGCCGAUUUGCCUGGUGUUCAUCGCAAUGUUGUAUCGGCUCCUACAAUGCCUUCUUACUGGACGUGACCGAGGUGGUUCCCUUAUCCAGGCUUCCCACAGUUGUGGGCGCUGCGGAAUACGAAUUCCACCCUUACGUGCAACAUUCAUUCCCUCCAGUAGCGUUUGAUUCCUCCAACAUUCCUGUUGGUCAUGCCCCGCUGCCUGCUCCUUCUGGUCCAUCCAUUCUUGGAUCUCCCCGUCCUAUUUGUCAGUUUUAUGACAAGCCGGGUCAUUCCGCCAAAUAAUGCUAUCGCAUCUGCGGCCGUCCCAAAGCCUACCACACCUAUGCUUAUUCUUCCUCCUCGACAACGGGUUGGCUAAUGGAUUCUUCGACAACGAAUCACAUCACUCCGAAUCUUGGCGCUCUCUAUAUUCCAACUACAAUGGACAUAUGAGGUUCUCACUAGUGAUGGGUCAGGUUUGAAAAUCACACACAUUAGCACCUCUCAUCUUUCCUUUUGUGAUUCCUCCAUGUCGCUCACUGAUGCUCUGUGUGUUCCGACUUCCAAACAACACAUUUUGUCUGUGGCUAAGUUGUGCAAAAUUAACCCCAUCUCAUUAGAAUUCUUUGCCAAUUUUGUUGUUGUGAAGGAUCUUACCACGGGGGCGCACCUGUUAAGAGGCUAGAUUAAGGGUGAUGUUUAUGAGUUGUCACACAAUGUGAAGGCUCUCCGACUUGCUUUGGCUACCACUCGCACCUCCUCUACCGUUUGGCAUCAUCGUCUUCGUCACCCCAGCUCCAAACUUCUCACUUGUGUCCUUCGCUGUCAAGAUCUCCACAUUUCGUCUAUGUCUGGUACCUUUUCUUGCGAUUUUUGCCUACUUCAUAAAACACAUAAACUUCCCUUCUCCGUCUCUACUUUAUCCAGCUUUCGUCCUUUUGAUUUAUUGUAAUCCGAUGUUAGGGGACCCUCUCUUGUUGGUUCUUAUGACAAUUUCUCUUAUUAUCUUGUGAUUGUGGAUCAUUACACUUGUUAGACCUGACUCUAUCCUCUUACACAAAAAGAUGAUGCCAGCUCCAUUUUCUUCACCUUUUUACGCUUGAUCGAAAACUUCUUCCACACUAAGGUCUGACGCAUGUUCAGUGAUGUCGGAGGGAAAUUUAAAAAACUUCUCCAUCUUUUUCAAACUCACGAUAUUACUCACCUUCUCACUUCACCUCACACACCCCAACACAACGGCUUAGCCGAAUGAAAGCACAAUCAUAUCGUCAAAACCAAGUUAUCACUUUUAAAUUCUACCUCUUUACCGGCUACUUUCUAGUUUUCUGCCUUCCAGACCGUAGUCUAUUAAAUCAACCGUCUCCCCUCCACCUCCCUUUCCGAUCACGCUCCAUACUUCUCCUUGUUCGAUGAACAUCAUAAUUACCUCAAACUUCAUGCCUUCGGUUACCUAUGCUACCCUUGGAUACGUAUUUAUAGCCCUCACAAACUCGCCCCCACCACUGCCAAUGCAUAUUCCUCGGCUACUCUAUCAUUCAAAGUGCUUACUCUUUCUAUGACCCCCUAGAUCAAUGUGUAUUUACUUCUCACCAUGUUCAAUUCGUCGAGGAUAUUUUCCCCAGCGUUCCCUCUCAUGUCUUGUCAUCACCAAAUCCCUCCGAAUGACUUUCGUCCACCGCUCUUGUUACCUAAGAAAUACACAUUAGCACUUCCCCCUCCCCACCUUCCCCCCCCCCCCCUCCACACACACAUAAUCACACCACCACCCAUUCAUCUUCCCCCACACUAGCUCCUCACCCCACUUUAGAAACUCACACCCCAUCACCUGCUGCAUCAAGCUCACCCUCUUUUGGCCCCUUCAUGGUACCCGCCCCGUGAUACCCCCUUUCCCGCAACUUCCGAAGGCACCUUCUCGCCCCUUUCGACUGGUAACUCCCAAGCCAGCACGACAUCUUCAUCACAAACGCCUCUUCCACACUCAGCUAGUAACUUUACUCCUUCCCUUGUAUCUCGAGACUUCCAAAUCUAAUCUUCGAUUGCCUGCUGCUAUGCGUAAUGAAUUGGUUGCCCUCGC